AGUUCUUUUAACUUCCGCUGUCAAGUUAAAUAAUGCACCGCGCCAAGUAUAUUUAUUGACGUUAAUUUUUCAAUAAUUCAAUGAUGUCAGACUCCCGUAGAGCAAGAAUCAAGAGUCCAAAAGAAGAUGAUGAUGACCCGUCCUUUUCGCCGCAACCGUAUCCACAACACUUUCCUUACCCAAUUUAUCCUCCUCCUAUACUUCCUGCAAGGCCAACAAAUUACUCUGGUGAAGAUCCCCUGGUCGGUAAAUACGUUUACGUGCCUCCUCUCCGUGUUGAUAAACGUACAUUAGAUCAUACUGUUGAGGGUUUUCUUCAACGAGAACUGCAAAGUCUAAUUCGAAAUGAGGCAACAAGCUUACUGAAAAAUCCGAGUGAUAAGAAGUUGUCAUAUGAAAUAGCAAACAAUAUUAUUGAUGAAGUAGUUCAUUCUGAGUGCCUUCAGAUCGUUCGGAAAAAUGUUAAUAAAUUUGCCGAAAGCCAUCUGCACCUGGCUCACGCUCACGAGUUACUUGUCGCCUUUUUGAACGAGAUGUUACGGGAUGAAUUGUUACCGCCAAUACUCUUAGAAACUUGGCUAGAAGAAAUGGCAAUAAUUGUAUUGCCAUCCAUCUUAGACGAGGGAAUGGAUAUUAAAAGCGUUGUUGAAUCGGCUAUGGGUGAUAUACACAAAGAGGAAAGAAAGGGGAAUGUUAAAGCUCUACGACGAGACGGGGGAGAGCGCCUGCUAGAACACGUAGCGUUAUCGUAUCUGCUAUCAUUUUCCGCAAGGCAGGGCCAACUUGUAGCCCCUAAUGAGUAUGCUUCAUAUUUUCUUGACAGUCUAAUAAGUGAUGUUUUGCUGAGUCAACAUUUUCAAGUUUAUACCGAUAGAAGAUCCAUGUUUGAUCAUAAGAGCCUUAGACGGUUUCACGAAAAGGCUUUCACGGAUACAUUGACGCUGGUUCUUGUCGACUCAUUAAAAGAGUCUCUUGACGAGGAUAAUCAAGAUUUACAACAUCACGAAGAGGGUAUUGAACAAGUACAUAAUUCUAGACUUUAUGGUCGCCUAUUGGAACCUAUUUGAUUAAAGUAUUAGUUUAUUGAAAGAAACUGUCAGGAAAGUCGAAGAGUGUACAUGUUUCCAGAAAAUAUGUUGAUAAAAUUUGUUUCUGUACGAAAAACCAGAAAGGAUAUUCAAUAGACUAGCGAUUUUUUUUUAUGUAGCAGUUACUACUUCUAAUGAUGUAUCAAUGAUUUUAUCGAUCAUUCAUAUGAAAUUUAUCAACUAGUCCAGCCAUUUUUCCAUAGACUUCCAAACUAUAAAUCAAUUAAAUAUAUGAUUAGAAAAGAAAAAUACUUAAUAAAUUCAUGGACGUUGUUUUAUGUUUCCUUAUGAAAUCGCCUUAAAAAAUCGAAAUGAUUUUAGUAAAGAAAAUUAAUCGUUAUCGAUAAAAUCAUACGUUAAGGGAUAAUCGGUUUCGAAUGUCGAAUAAUUCAUUUUCAAAGCUAUAAUAUAGCCAUUACCAUAGCAACGUUUAUUCAUAAUUUCAGUCAUCUCUCUUUUGAAUGGAGAUAGCACUUGGUGAGAACACACGCUUUUCAAUACUUGACAGUAUGAAAGAAGAGACUAAAAAUCAUUUAAAUGGCGAUUGAAUAACGGUGGAAUUGGAAUUAUUCAGAUAUUUGCACGGACCACAGUAAAGAGAAUUUCUUAAAGAGAUCGUAAAUUACAAGCCCAUUUUGAGGAAGAGGCAUUAUUACUGUCGACUGUUACAAAUUGGGAUUAGGGUUGGAAAUCAACAAUAAUAAACUUCGUGUUUCAUAUAAUUACGACCGGUAUUUCCCUUAAUAAUUGACUGCUUCGCACCUGCCACCCAGUAACCGUUAGGAGGGUGAAUAGAGAUUUUUUCUCCUAUUCGAAAAUUCUUCUCCAUAAUCUUGACACAAGGGAUUUUGAUGCAUUUAUUCUCGUGAGACGAAUAGCUCCUAGUUCAUUUAAUCUCUUUAGUACUAAUACUUUGCUAGUAAUUUAUUUACGUAUCACUUAUUUGCUGCAAAUAUAUUUUUUGACAAAUUCAUA